CCCGGCGGCCAUACGAAGUCCUGCAGGCGGAAGCUGGCCACCUGUUGGGUAGCGGGCGACCUCGUCGUCGCCCUUUUUUCGCUCAGCUGCACCCACCUGAGACCACCAAACUCCUGGAAACUUUCCGGGCACGCCGUUGCUUUUGUCGCUAGCAAGAGGGCAAAUACAUGGACAAACUGAAGAGGGUGCUGAGUGGCGAAGAUGAGGAUAACAACGCGGACGGCAGCGGAAUAUUGCAGAGGGCCAAUCAGGCAUCGACACUGGCCUGGGGGACCAGGAUGAAAGGCUUCCUGCUCUGUUUCAUUUUUGGCGUGCUGUGCUCCAUUCUGGGCACGAGUAUGCUGUGGUUGCCUGGGCUCGGUCUCGCUGUGUUCGCUGUCCUGUACAGUGUUGGAAACCUCUGCGCUUUGGCCAGCACCAUGUUCCUGAUCGGGCCAUGCAGACAGUUAAAGAACAUGUGCGCUAAAGAACGAGCGCUGGCGACAAUCCUCAUGCUGGUGUGUCUCGUACUGACACUGUGUUCAGCCUUCUGGUGGGCGAACAACGGCCUUGCACUGCUGUUCUGUGUUUUGCAGUUUGUGGCGUUCACUUGGUACGGCCUGUCUUACGUCCCAUUCGCCAGGGACGCUGUCCUCAAAAUUUGUUCUGUGUGUUUCUAAAAUGUCUGAGUGACCAAUCGGGAUGAUGCACAUCUUCAGGUUAAGUGUCAGGUGUGGUUUCUAUGGAGACCAAUUGUGACUGUAUAUCCAGACUGUGACUUGUCCACCUGGUUUCAGUAUGAAUGUCUUUUUUUUUAAUCAGCACCCCUGCAUUUUUUUUUAUUUAUUUUGUGUUUUCAUGUUUCUCAACAUGAUUUUAAAAUGUAUUUUUUUUUAUUGUUAUUGAGUCACAUAAUUGGUAUACAGUCACAUACAUUGUCACAAUUUUUGAUUUAUUAAUAAACAAUGGUCAAAUAGUACAUUAUAUAAGUAAAUAUGAGCGCAAGGUGCAAAGUCAAUGCUGCAUUCAUUGUUAGAGGGCAUAAUGAUUAGCUUUGUAUGCUAUGUGGUGGUGGGUGCAGGUUUCAUUCUCAUUGUGUUUCUAAAUGUCCUGAUAUUUCAGAGCAAAGUAUGGAAUUUUUUUUGAGAUUUUAUUUCUGUCUGUAACAUUCAAGGUAUGACUAAAAAAUGUCAUCCUCAUUAGAUUUGUUAAAAUUUGAAUUGACACCAAGGUCAACGUGUGACAAGACCC